AUGACUCACCCUAUUAAAGCUGUCAAGGAUAUCAAUGAGUCAAAGGAUUUAUGGAAGACUGCCGUUAGAUGUAAACAUAUCUGGUCUGUGACAAGUGCUUCAAAAAAAGAACACAUUGAGAUGAUUUUGGUUUAUUCAAAGCGAGAUAUGAUUCAAGUCAUUGUGCGGCCUUUUUUGGUUUUGAAAUUCAAAGAAGAACUCGCUGCUAGAAGUUCUUACAUAAUACAGAAUUUCAAAGUGUCAAACAAUGAUUUCUCUUUUAAGUCGACUAAUCAUAGUUGUAAAUUGGUAUUUUGUGGGUCAACUUUGGUUAAGAAGACAGAACUCUCUGACAUUCCUUUGAAUUUCCUGAACAUACUUGGAUUGGAUGCCAUAGUUGAGGAAAAAUUUCAGUCUAAUGUGUUAGUUUAUAUUCUUGGAAGAGUAACAGAGAUUUCUCAAUUCCAAAUCAAUGCUGAUAACAACAAGAGAAAAGUUAUUUUUACAAUAAUUGAUAAUAGUGUUUUUGAAAAAACAAAUCUAGAGUACAAUGUACUUUAUGGGGGUCAACUUGCCGUACAACUUUACAAAUAUUAUACGAGUCAUAAGGAAGAUGGCAAUAUAAUUGUUCUGCUGAUUAAUGCAAGGAUUAAGGAGGCUCAAGGAGGUUUUCCCUUGAACAUAUCAAAUGCUUGGAAUGGCACAAAGUCGUUCAUUAAUGAUGUUAGCAUUGAUGAAAUUAGCAAGUUCAAAGAAAGUCUAAAAGGUGAAUUGCCAUUGUUAUCUUCUUCAAGUCUGCAAGAUGUAGAGCUGAUUUGUUAUGCCAAACACAUAAGUCCAAAGCUGGUGCCAAUGUAUAAACUCGAAGUUUUGGCCGUUGAUGGUAAAUUUAAGUCCAAGUUCAGUUUUUGGGACAACGAUUGCGUGAAGUUGAUUGGAAAGUAUGCACUUCAAAUGAAAAAUGAGUUGAUAAAGGCCGAUGAAGAUAAUCUGCUUGAACUCCCUUAUGAACUUGAUGCAUACUAA